UUUAGGCCUGAAGGACUUUUCCACAAGUGGCAGGCAAAAGUCCAGCUGUGGGAAGGAAGUGCAAAGGCUAACUGACAAAGAGCAAGCUGUGUCUCCUGAUGGGAAAUUGUUAGAUCAGACUGAGCAUGAAAACUGGAUGCUUCGGGCUGGACCACCUACCCUGGUGCCAGUGGAUUUUGAAACUUCCUUCAGGAACGAGGUUCAGGAAUUGCACUCAGCAAGUAGUGACAAAGAGCCUCCCCUGCUCAGUGUCUUCCUCGGCGGAGCUGUAACCAACUUGGAAGAUGAUCAUAUGUCAACAUUGGAUGAAGUAGAAAAGGAUGUAAGGGUCAGCAAAACAAAUACAGUUCAGUUAAUGUCUCCAAGCCAUUUGAAGCGGUCCCUGCAUCCUGUUGUGUUGCUCAAAGAUUCUGCUAGGACUAAAGGCUACCACUGUGCAGAGUGCCCAAUGAUGGCUCAAAAUGUAUGGAGUCUUUUUGAACACCAUCAUUGUGUUCACUCACAGCACAAUUUCCAUUUAUGCAAUACCUGUGGAUGUUACUUCACUGACGAUGACCUUGCCACACAACAUAAAUGUGAAAAAGUUGAUGCUAAAGGCGUAUUCAUUCAAAAGUCCUCUUUGCCCCUUAAAAGCUCCAUGUGCCGACAGAAGUCACUACAGGUGGGAAAGAGGACUGGAUGCAAUCCACACAAAUGCCAAUACUGUGAUCGUACCUUCCAGAGAUUGUAUGAAUUUUACCAACAUAUGCGUAAGCAUACUGGUGUUACACCUUUCAGGUGUGGAAAAUGUGGCCUGUACUACUCUCAGUCUUCUAGUUUGAAUCGCCAUAAGCGUUUAAACCGAUGCACGCGUCCAAGGCUGCAAGAUGCUGCUGAAAACAAGGUGAGCCAAAAACUGACCACCAGUAGUUCAAAGGAGCAAAUUAAAUUGGAUGAGGUACCAUCUGCCUUUCCACAUGCCAAACUACUUGACUGCUAUGUGAAGCUUGUGGACUGUUUCCAGGAAAAACAACCGCCCAAGAAUUGUUGUGAAACAUGUGGAAAGAGUUUUCGCCUCAGGGCACAACUUGCUGCUCACCGUCAAACACAUACAGAUGAGAGGGCUUUUAAGUGUCACAACUGCCACAAGGUCUUCAAACAUUCUUGCAAUCUCUCCCGACACAGAAGAAAACAUUGCCCAAGGACCGGGAAUCCUGCUAAAUUUGCAAGUCCAUUGAAACCUUUAGUGGGGGAAUACAAGUGUCCCAUUUGUCGAGGUGUUUUCAAAUAUUCCUACAACCGUUUCCGGCACAUAAGAGAGGUGUGUCUGAAAGAAUAUUCAAAACAAGGAAAGGGCAAGGUGGGUGAUGUGUACAAGUGUGCACUUUGCAAGGGAACUUUUGCGAAUCCAUCCAAUCGCAGCAGACACAUAAGAACAAGUUGCCUGAAGCAGUAUAUUCGCAGGGAGAGCUUGAGGAUAAAAAGAGAAUAUCAGGAGCGGAGGAAAAUUUCCAAGGAACCGCAAAAGCCACAGCAGCAGCAAAAGCCACAGCUAAUAAUGCAACUCGAACAAAAAAAUGUUCUACGCCACAAGUGCAACUUCUGUCCAGCCACUUUCGCUCAUGCAUCUGGGAAGUACAAGCACAUGCAUAAACAUAAAGUGCAGGAGAAGACACAGGAAGCAAUUAUUUACCCAGUUUCCUUUCCACCUCCUGAUCUAAAGACGGAGGAUACUGAUAUAGCAUCCAACAGUGAAGGAAAUGCCAGUUUCCCCCCUUUCUCUUGCCGAUUUUGUGGAAAGUGUUUUCUUGAAUUAUACUCCCUUAAGCAGCAUAUGCGGCUGCAUAGUGGUGACCGACCAUAUCAGUGCCAGCAAUGUGGCAAAAAGUUUUUCCGGCGUUCCCACCUUGACGCUCACAAAAAUGUACACAAGCGAAGGAUACAGUGCACUGUCUGCAAAAAAAUACUUCCCACCAUUAGUGAGCUAAUCAAGCACAGACAGGCUCACAAUAAAAAGGGGAUGCUGCAGUGCCCCGACUGUCCGUUGCAGUUCAAAUACCCUGCUUUCUUGCUCCGGCACGUGGCUGCACAUAAGCGUACAAAGCAGGCACCUCAACAGAUAAAAGAUCCUCCAAAAAUGGAGAAGCCGAAGCAAGAAAAUGCAGAGGUGUUUCAGUGCGCGCUCUGCCACAGUGUCUUCGAAAGUAGCAAGGAACUGAGCAUACAUUGCUUGACACACAUGCCAAAACGUUCUAUAAAUCAGUGUCCUGUCUGCAAGCGCAAAUUCUGUAGUCGCACCGCUUUAGUCCGGCAUGUGCGCUUGCACACUGGAGAAAAACCAUAUCACUGUCAGAACUGUGGAACCCGUUUUUCACGGAAUGAGGCACUGAAAGCACACCAAGAGAAAUGUUCCAAAACGCACACAGAGCCAGUAUUUAAAAGUAGUCGGGAUGGUGAGAAUGCCGGUGAGAUGCUUGAAAUUAAGAAAAUUCAUACCUGUAAAUACUGUCCACAAACAUUCGUUUGGCCGUGCAGCUUGUAUAAACACCAGAAAAAUCACAUGUUGAAGAUUCUCUUUCCCUGUACCAAAUGUGGUAAGUGCUUUCAAAAACUGAAGCUGCAGUCACAUGAGAAAUAUUGUGAUUUCCCAAACCCAAAGAAUUCUGAAACCUCCCUGGUUCAGGGUUCUACAUGCAGAGCAUGUGGACAGAAAUUCUGUCGGCAGUACAACCGAAUUAUCCAUGAGAAAAAGUGUGAAGGAUUGAGCUCUGUUUUGCCAGCAAAUCCAAUGAAAAAUGGAACCGCAAAUCAGACCAGAAACAUUGACAAACUCAAGCACAGAUGUCCCCAUUGUCCAAAAGCCUUCAGGUAUCGAUGUUACCUCCUGAGACACCUUCUUGUGCAUACACGGGAUAAACCACACGAAUGCUCACUCUGUGGCCGUAAAUAUACAAGCCGAACACAUUGCCUUGAACAUGAGCGCUUAUGUGAUGGUGUUUAUCGGAGCCGUCAGUCAACAAGUAAGGUGAAUGUAAAAGAUAAACCACUGUCCCUAGCCUUGACCACAAAAUGUAAAAGUGGAGAGGUUGAGGGGGAGUACAAAUGCAGAUUCUGCACGAAGAGCUUCAUGAAGGCCAGAAAUCUAAGGCGUCACAUCCUGACACACACAGAAGUCAAGCCAUACCACUGCAAGACUUGUGAAAGCUGCUUCUCCCGAUACGAUCAUCUCAAGCUGCACCAGAACCGUUGCAAAGGUAAGCGGCAACGCUUGGAAGUGCGCAUCUUCAAGCUCAAUCUAGAGGAUUUGAGGAACAACUGUCAAAAGAAGCCAGACCGUACAAAGGGGAAAGCACAAGAGGGAAAAAUGGCUGAAUGCAGCUCCUGUGGGAAAUGUUUUGCAAGUGAAAUUAAUUUGGCACGUCAUGUUGCCUUGCGUCAUACUACCGUAAAACCCUUCUCUUGCAAUCACUGUAGCACUUCUUUCUCCCAGGAAUGUACAUUAAGAAAGCAUACUCUGAAGUGCAAUGGUAGGACAAUUUCUUCCUCUCAACUUUGGAGUUCUCAAGAAAUCAAAGUGCAUUCUCCAAGGGAAGGUGGCACUGGCAAGCCGUGCAGGGAGACAUCCAAACUUCUAAUGAGGAUUCAGAGACACUACUCUGACAAACAGAAAUAUGCAUGUGCUUACUGCCCCCGCCGUUUCAGAAAUCAAGAUCAAAUGAUAGUGCACACCCGUUUACACACUGGAGAGAAACCUUUUGGCUGUGCCAACUGUGGUGAGCGCUUUAUUCGUCGUGAUUAUUUGAUGAGGCACCUGGUUAAGUGCAAGUUUGGAAAGGAAAGUGAGGAGAGUGUGCUAUGUGAUAAGUGUGGUGACCUAUUUAAUCGACAACAACUGCAGAGCCACCAGAAGAGCUGUGUUGUCAGGCGGAGAACACCUGAUCGCAACGCCAAGAGCCCUGUUAGUCAUAGUGCGUCUCCAAAGAAAAGGGGCUUCUCCUGUGCUAACUGUGAUGCCCAGUUCAUAUUGUUCUCUCAACUCCAGCAACAUUUCCUUACUGCACAUCGAGAGGACACUUACCAGCAGCCUCAAAAGUCACCUCCACCUCUUCAGCAGCAGUUGUCCAGUAUUCAACGUGUCAAGGAAGAACCAGUGGAUGAAGGCUAUGAAGUCGCGCUAGGAGAUAGCAACAUAGUGACAGAAAAGGUGCCCACUAUGGAUACUCGGAGUGAUAGAAAUAAGCCUUUCGUAUGUCCAUAUUGUAACAUGCGUUACUUUAAUAACAGUGGGCUUGGAAUGCAUCUGCGCACCCAUAUGGGCAAUUUUAAUUUAUUUUGUAAAAGAUGCCACAAGGGUUUCUGGAACAAGAGCAAAUUUAGGAAACACAAUAAAGUAUGUUCGCUACUGGUUGUAACAAAGGAAGAGCCAAAUACAGAGACCCCAACUCUCACAGACAUGAAUGAUCCCGUUAAGAAUACAGUCUUGGUGUUCAACAGUGGAUCCAAAACAACAGGGACAGGGGUGCUGCAGACUAAGUUCUCUUGCAAGGAGGGCAACCGAGAGAGUCUAGAUUCCAUUGAUGUUCUUGAGAAACUGAACUCUCCCAGAACAUCCUCUAACAUUGUUCACAAGUACCAAUGUUCAGAAUGUGAUCAAAGCUUCACAGAUGGGCUUCUGCUUAUUAGCCAUUUGGAGAACCAUGGUCGUGAGGAGCAAGAGCAAAAACAAGCUGGUUACCGCUGCAACGAGUGUGGCAAAGUUUUUAAUCAGCCUGCCGUGCUGUCGCGACACUUGAAGAUGCAUAAAAGCAACAAGACCCCUUAUCUAUGUCCCGAAUGCCCGAAGACCUUCCGUCAUCCUUCAGAUCUGGAGAUUCACAGGCACUGUCAUGACCCUAGUCGACCAUUUGUCUGCAGUUUGUGCAACUUGAGAUAUUGGACUAAUACAUCUUUGAACAUACAUACCAGUACAGCUCACCGUACAAUACAGACAGGAAAUGUUUUUGCCUGUCGAUUCUGUAAUAAAUCCUACACAUUAAAAGCAUCAUAUCAAAAACAUUACAGGAUUAAGCAUAACAAGCAGUGGAGGAAGGCACAUUUCAAUGACCAGACUAGGGGAGAAAUCUACUCCAAACCAGAAUUUGAUCUAGCCGUGAAUGAAGAGGAUGAUGACUCGGACUCUGCUCCAUACUUUCCUUGUCAUGUCUGUGGUAAAACAUUCACUACAUCAGAAAGCUUAGAAGAUCAUCAACGAUGUCACCUUGGUGAGAAGCCUCAUGAAUGUGCAGAAUGUGGCAAGUGCUUUUUCCAACUGAGCAAUCUGCAGCAGCACGAGCGCAGCCACAAGUCUGAGUUCCAAUGCCAAACAUGUGGCCGUGGUUUUGUGUCAUUAUUUGCUUUACGCAAGCACAAGCACAGUCAUGGUAAGAACCGCCCCCACCGUUGCUCAAAAUGCCAGCUCAGCUUCACCGGACCCACACAGCUUGCAGAACACAUGGCCACUCACCGUGAUGAAAACUUUCCCUGUGACCUGUGUAACCGCACGUUCACCUGUAAGGUCAGCCGAGCUGAGCACCGCAAGAGUCACACUGAACCAGAGGAGAGCCUCCCUCCCUUGCUUCCACCACAGAGUUCGCCAUCAUCCUCUCUCCCUCUUAAUGCAGAUCAGCCAAAAUAUCGCUGUGGUAUUUGUUGUGAACGAUUCCAAGAUCCAGAGCAGCUUUCAGAGCAUGGGUGUCUUGCAGCCAGAGAACGUCCUUAUUCUUGCACGGACUGCAACCAGCAUUUCCUGUGCGGAGCUCACCUGAAGAAACACCAGCACAGCCACCAGGUAUCGCGAUCAUACCUCUAUGAAUGCAAUCAUUGCCACAUUCGUUUUGCCUACCGUCAUCAAUUUCUCAAUCACUUGAAAAGCCAUGGGAUUGAAGAGACUGGAGAUGCAACGGAAAAUCAGAGUAUGAAGACUGGUUCAAAUGUAAGUGGAAAGAACUCUGAGAACAUAUAUAAAUGCCCAAUCUGCCCACUCAGUUUUAGCCAUGCCCUGCAAUUAGCUGAACACCUUUCCAUACAUGCUGAGAGCACUUACAAAUGCAGAGUUUGCGGUGAGACUUUUGCAAGUAAAAGCAACCUCACGCAACAUGAGCAAUGCCACCUAACUGCCUCUACUCAGUACGAAUGCACGGAAUGUGGCGAUAGCUUUUUAGGCAGUGAUGCAUUCCGUCAGCACAACUGUGCCCAUAAGAAGCAAACGGCAACGCAUUGUGUCCAACAAGUACCAUCCUCCUCUGGUUUGCAAAAAAUGCGGCCAUCCCCAGCUGGAACUGCACUGGCACAAAGUACUGAAGAGGAAGAGGAGGUUGAUGUGGGUGAAGACUUCUAUAACUGUCCUGUCUGUACUAAACGAUUUUCUUCAAAACAGAGUCUUGAGGACCAUGAAAGGCAGCAUACCACUUACCGCCCCUUCAAGUGCCUGGUGUGCGGAAAAUGCUUCGCUAAAAACAGAUACCUCAAGAAGCACCAGGCCAUCCAUCAGCGGCCCUACCGUUGUGAUAUGUGUCCUCGAUCUUUUGGCAAUUCAAAAUCUCUUGCAAUUCACCAAGAUCUUCACAACCAAAAUAAAUUGUCAGUCGCUACCCAAGAUACUUCUCCAUACAGCACGCAGCCCGUCAUAGGCGGUAUGGAUGAAUUUGGGGGUGACUACCGUUGUGACAUGUGCUACAAAUCCUUUGGCCAAUUGUCAUCUCUGAGGCGGCACCAGGAAACGCAUGUUGGGCAGGUUGUGUACGAGUGCACAGAAUGUGACAAGGCUUUUGCCUUCUUCCAUCUGCUGGAGGAACAUCAAAACAGUCAUGCCUCCUCUGCCUCACCAUCCACACCCCCCCCGCCAUGCUCUUUCCAGCCCAGUCACUGAACAGCCUUCCCCACGCUCUUUCCAGCCCAGUCACUGAACAGCCUUCCCCACAGAACUUGCAAUGUGCUAGCUAAUACCCCUUUUCCAAUGCCACCAGUUGUGGAGUAUGGAGUUGGAGAAAAUAUUUUAUAGUGUACCUAGGACAGCUUCACACUUGGGGCACCAAAGUGGCAUUCUGUAGUUUCCCCAUUCAUUUCACAUCACAUUGCAUAAAUUGCAUGUUCAUGUCAUGGUGCACAUAUGCUGCAGUGUGUAUAAAUGCCAACUAGUGGUGAAAAUGUAGUCCUGCUUAAUACUGUAGUGUAAAAAAUUCCAACUUUGAUUAUUAUAAAUAGUCUGCAUUUUGGUGUAGUCAAUUUGUAUAUAUGUACAUUAUACUUCACAUGUAGUUAUUAAUGCCCACUAGGUUUACUCAUACUAGUGAAAGAUUUAAAUACAUUUCCUUUUCUGGACAACACAUGCAAUACUUUUACUUUACUAUUGUCUAGCCGUUAAGGGUUCACUGCCUCUGACUGAUUCCUGUUUCAUAUUAUUGAUGAUUUUGUUGUCUUUCAUUUAAUAUUUUUGAUUGUGAUUGUGUUCAUUAGACCACAAUCUUCAAGUGUACUUACCAGUAUUAUAUUAAGUGGAUCUGGAAGUAUUUUCUCUUCCCUGUGUAUCAUAAUUACAUGAAUGAUCUUAACAGGGGCUGUGUCUUCUGGAUCCUUGUAUCUAAACACCAUGCUGUAUUAUCUAUAUUGUAAAUAGUUGUUGCAUUCCUGUAUGUGUCUGCCACAAAAUUGGUCCUGGACAUGUUUCCCCCAUAUUGGCUGUCCCUGUUAAACUUGCCUAUUUGAAAGACUUGUACUGAUUACAAUCUGUGACAUGAUUCAUGUGGGGGAAAAAAAGUAGUUUGAUAAAUUUUGUGCAGUAGUGGGGACAGGGAUUGAGUACUAUAAUGUAUUUUUAUUCCUGUUUCUGUAUGCACUCAUCUAUCUUUUUAUAUGGAAUGUAUGGUUGUGAAUCUUUCCUAUUUGAAAAAUAAACCAGGUAGUUCGGUUUCCA